AUGAAAACCAGUUUUGCCUGCGAUUCUCUCGCCAGACCGACUGGAGUAACACUGAAGACUUCGUUUUCAACACAAGUAUUGUUCCAUAGUACAAGUGGUCGUGAAUGCCGGGCCGCAUGGAUGGCGGCGCACGCCUGCCGCUCGAUCGUCCUACUGCUCAGUGUAGUUACACUAGUCAUAGCGAAAUAUGCUGAGUUAGAGCCAUGGCGCGGAGCGGGGCAGCCAGCGACGGCUGCCCAGGAAGCAGAGGACGAAAAACGAGAUAUUGAAUUAUUAGCAGCAGUCAGGAAAUCCAUGAAAGAAUGGGAAAUGAAGAGGGCUCGUACCAGAAGCAAGAGGUCUCAACGUAGCGUGUGCUAUGGAGAGUUCGGAUGCUUUGAAGAUAGUGGUCCAUUUGCGUACCUAGAGACACUCCCCAGUUCACCACAGGAAGUUGGCACACACUUUCUCUUGUAUUCUACAGUGAGCAGGGGAGAUCAACCGUUAUUGUCAGUGUCGGCGAGCAACAUGUCAGCAGCUUGGGGCUGGGCUACACGAGCCUUCGAACCUAACCGACCGACCAGAAUCAUUGUCCACGGUUUUGGCUCCAAUUGUGACAACGUCUGGGUCUAUGAAAUGAGAUCUGCCCUCAUGGCUGUGGAAGAAUGCAACGUAGUGUGUGUGGAUUGGGAGGGCGGAGCGUCAAUGCCCAACUACCUGAGGGCAGCGGCAAACACGAGGCUGGUUGGCAAGCAGCUUGCUAUGCUGUUACAAGGUUUUGCUAAGCAUAUAGACCUGCGCUUCGAAGACGUACAUCUAAUCGGUUUCAGUUUGGGUGCGCACGUCGCCGGCUUUGCUGGCUCUGAAUUACGCAACAUCAGUCGGAUUACAGGAUUAGACCCAGCAGGACCUUUAUUUGAGUUCCAGGACCCUCGUGCUCGUUUAGACCGUUCUGACGCCAAGUUCGUGGAUGUGAUCCACUCUAAUGGUGAAACACUUAUACUGGGUGGUCUAGGAGCUGCUCAGCCUCUUGGACAUGUUGACUUUUACCCUAACGGUGGUAGAGUGCAGCAUGGAUGUUCUAACUUAUUCGUCGGCGCAGUAUCUGACUUUGUGUUGCCAUGGGCGGCCGCUUCCAUCGAAGGUCGAUCUCUUUGCAACCAUAGACGUGCUUACAAAUUCUUCACGGAUUCAGUAUCUCCUAAGUGUCAUUUUCCUGCGUUCCCUUGCGCAGACUAUGACACAUUUUUAGAGGGACGGUGCUUUCCAUGUGAUGGGCAGCGAAGGUGCGGUAACAUGGGCUACUACGCAGACCGAUCCCUCGGUCGUGGACAACUUUACUUACUCACUAGGGAAGAAGAACCUUUCUGUGCUCAUCAAUACCACGUGUCCCUGUGGGCCAACACCGGAGCAGGAGAGAAACCAAACUUCGGCCGUUUGACAUUGACGCUACACGGUGAUUCCGGACUUAAUGAAUCCUUUCCAAUGACUAAACGCGAAGACUCGGCCAACGGCAGCACGCGGUUCACGCGGGUGUUGGUGCCGCACCCCGCGCUGGGCGUGCCGCUGCGCGCCAGCCUGACCUACAGCGCCUACUCAGGGUGGCUUAGCACCAGCGCCAAGGCUAUCUUCAUACAAAAACUUCUAAUCACCGACAGCUUUGCUAAGACGUCUUCAUUCUGCAAAAAGGGAAUUCAGUUACUGUCUGAAGAAUCUAUUGAAAUGGCUCUUUAUCCUGGUGACUGUGAAUUACAAGAGGAUGGUGAACUACUCAACGCAACGAGCACGCAUAUGUUAAACAGCUCAGCUCAGUUCACAAAACAAGAAACUCACUCUGUUGACCCCCUCGAUAACGAACUGCCCGAGGAUUCACCCCAACUUCCUUUUGCUCUCGUUGACACGUACGAGUGGACAGGCGGGGAAAGUACUGGCAGAGCCUUCGGCAUGACUAAUACGAAAACUGCACCCAGUGGUGUCGUAGAAAUUGCUGAACCUGUGCUCAGGCCUCGUCCGCGUAAAACCCCACGUCAACGAGCAGAUUCACCGGAAACCCACGAAAUAUCUGAACCAUUACUGAGAGCGACGCAACCUCCACGAACGACAACGCAAUCUCCAGUACGAAAACCCAAAAACUACGACAUGUCUACAACUCCAAGUUACGAUACCGUUACUUUAGGUGAAAGAGCUGAGAAAGAAGAAACGGGAUUUGUAAUACAAUUUCUUCCGAGUAGAUUAGCUUCUUUUAUAUCCAGGGCUGAACGUUACGCCAGAGAUACUAUAUUACCGCUAGUGUCAGCAUAUGCACCCCGAUUGCCGAUAUUCGGAUCUCGAGAAGUGCCAAAACCAACAGCCAGGUUCAUCCCAACUGACAACUUUAACAGUACUAUUUCCGCACCAGUUCCGACGCCAACGUUAGAAAUGAAGAUUGAAACGCUAAGAUCUGUAGGUCCACCGGGAGAAAGACGAGAACUGGAAUCUCCAGAAGAUCCAGAAAUACCAGUGACCACAUCUACAACCACGACAACACCACCCUCCACAACAACUACGACACAGAGUACCACAUCUACGAAGAAAAUGAAAGGCUCUCCUACUGAGAUGUUACAAGUAGUUGAAGCACCAGCAAUAUCCACUAGUACGGCAUUACCACCGGUAGCUCUGCGGAGUAAAGGGGAGAAGAUAGUAAUAGUUUAUCCAAGUAACGCAAGAGAUGAAAGAAAGAUUCGAUCCCAUUCAUACCCUGAAGAGCUUCAAUUUGAAGCGUUAUAUCGGCAUUCCGGUAAAACUGAUGUAAGGGUGGAUCUUCCUACGUUUACUCCACCGACGACCACCCUCCCUCCCAGUACUUCAUCGCAACCAAAAGUGGAAGCAAGGUACAUUCCAGUAGGAUAUCCAAAAUCUGACAAAACUUUAGAAUCAAUUUCUCAACAAACGUAG